AUGAUUCUAUUUUUGUGUCAGAAUGGCGCGGACGGCGAAGCGGCGAAGGCGACGGACGUACCGUUGCUCAAAACUUCGCAAGAGGCGGAGCAACAGCGACGACCGCAACAUCAUCGCAACACUCGUACGGUUAUCUUGAUUGUUACUACAGUAACGGUACUGAUCUCUACAUUGCUGUUCGUCUAUUGGCGAUUUUCAGGUACAAUUUGA